ACAGCUCUUCCUGCUCCACGCGCUGCUCCCGCCCCUUCAUUCUGCUCCAAGGAAGGAAGGAGGAACUACUCGAAACGCACGUUAUCACUUCCAGUAUGCAGCAGAACCGCGCGGAUGCGUGACUCUCUGGUAUUAUUUAGCUGGUUUUGAGGUCGGUCGGAAGUAAGGUUCAAAGGUCUGGAAUCACAGUCGUUGUUUUUGAGGGGUGCGUAGGGAAGGUGGUGCAAGUGGUUUCGGAAGUGGAGCGUGGCAGAGAAAAGGCGGGGGGGUGGGGAGGGGGGUGUUUUUCCUGUGUGAUACCAGAUAGCUCGCUUUGCUUGCUCGCUUCGACGGGACUGACGUAGAAUAUGGCGGAGCAUCAGUCGGUACCCGACAACAAACACAAAUCCUCAUUGAACUCCGGCGCGUCGUACUCUGGGAAUGGGCGCAGCAGCACGGCGGUGGCGGACAGAGACGGUAACGCCGGCACAGGAGGAGGAGGCGGAGGAGGAGGAGGUCUGUCCGGCGGCCUGUCGCAGCCGGCCGGGUGGCAGUCCCUGCUGUCUUUCACCAUCCUAUUCCUGGCGUGGCUGGCCGGUUUCAGCUCCAGGCUCUUCGCUGUCAUUCGGUUCGAGAGCAUCAUUCACGAGUUUGACCCCUGGUUCAACUACAGGUCGACUCACCACCUCACCACCAACGGCUUCUAUGAGUUCCUCAACUGGUUCGAUGAAAGAGCCUGGUACCCUCUGGGUAGGAUAGUAGGGGGAACGGUGUAUCCUGGCCUGAUGGUCACAGCGGGCCUCAUCCACUAUGUACUCAACCUGCUGCACAUCACCGUCCACAUCCGUGACGUGUGUGUGUUCCUGGCCCCGGUGUUCAGUGGCCUGACCUCCAUCUCCACCUUUCUGCUGACAAGGGAGCUGUGGAACCAGGGGGCAGGGCUGCUGGCAGCUUGCUUCAUAGCCAUCGUUCCCGGCUACAUCUCCCGCUCUGUGGCUGGCUCCUUUGACAACGAAGGCAUCGCCAUCUUUGCCCUGCAGUUCACCUACUACCUCUGGGUGAAGUCAGUGAAAACGGGAUCAGUCUUCUGGGCUAUCGGAUGCUGCCUGUCCUAUUUCUACAUGGUUUCAGCUUGGGGAGGUUAUGUCUUCAUCAUCAACCUUAUUCCUCUCCAUGUGUUCGUCCUGCUGCUCAUGCAGCGCUUUAGUAGGAGAGUCUACAUAGCCUAUAGUACCUUCUACAUCAUCGGCCUGGUGCUGUCCAUGCAGAUCCCCUUUGUGGGCUUUCAGCCGAUCAGGACCAGUGAACACAUGGCUGCAGCAGGUGUGUUUGUGCUGCUUCAGGUCUAUGCCUUCCUGCAGUACCUGAAGGACCGACUGACCAGGCAGGAGUUUCAGACUCUGUUCUUCUUGGGAGUCUCUCUGGCCGCUGGAGUGGUUUUCCUCUCCGUCAUCUACCUGACGUACACAGGGUACAUUGCUCCAUGGAGUGGGCGCUUCUACUCUCUCUGGGAUACUGGCUAUGCUAAGAUCCACAUUCCCAUUAUAGCAUCAGUGUCUGAACACCAGCCCACCACCUGGGUGUCCUUCUUCUUUGACCUUCACAUCCUCGUGUGCACCUUCCCAGCAGGCCUCUGGUUCUGUGUGAAGAACAUCAAUGAUGAACGCGUGUUUGUGGCCUUGUACGCCAUAAGCGCUGUGUAUUUUGCCGGCGUGAUGGUGCGUUUGAUGCUGACUCUUACUCCGGUGGUGUGCAUGCUGUCAGCUGUGGCUUUCUCCAGUGUCUUUGAACAGUACCUGGGCGACGACAUGAAGAGGCAGAGUCCGCCUGCAGAGGACAGCAGCGACGAGGACGACAGGAAAAACGCCAGCAACCUCUAUGACAAGGCCGGUAAGGUGCGUAAACACGUAUCUGAGCCAGAGAAAGCUGAGGAGGGCCUGGGCCCCAACAUCAAGUCUAUAGUCACCAUGCUGAUGUUGAUGCUGCUCAUGAUGUUUGCUGUCCACUGCACCUGGGUCACCAGCAACGCCUACUCCAGCCCCAGUGUAGUACUGGCAUCUUACAACCACGACGGCUCCCGUAACAUCCUGGAUGACUUCAGAGAGGCUUACUAUUGGCUGAGGCAGAACACAGAUGAGCACGCCAGAGUGAUGUCCUGGUGGGACUACGGCUACCAGAUAGCAGGCAUGGCAAACAGAACCACGCUGGUCGACAACAACACAUGGAACAACAGUCACAUAGCACUGGUGGGUAAAGCCAUGUCAUCUAAUGAGACUGCAGCCUAUGAAAUCAUGAGGUCACUGGAUGUCGACUAUGUCCUCAUCAUCUUCGGUGGCGUGAUUGGCUACUCAGGCGAUGACAUCAACAAGUUCCUGUGGAUGGUGCGCAUCGCGGAGGGGGAGCACCCCAGGGACAUCAGGGAAAGUGACUACUUCACCCCCCAGGGAGAGUUCAGAGUGGACAAAGCCGGCUCCCCCACCCUCCUCAACUGCCUUAUGUACAAAAUGUCUUAUUACCGCUUUGGAGAGAUGCAGUUGGACUUCAGGACACCACCUGGGUUUGACCGGACACGUAACGCUGAGAUCGGUAACAAGGACAUCAAGCUGAAACAUCUGGAGGAAGCCUUCACCUCAGAGCACUGGCUGGUCAGGAUUUAUAAAGUCAAGAACCUGGAAAACAGAGACCGUUUGGAGCACAAGCUGCGAAGCACUGACACCAUUAAGCAGAAGUACACCUCCAAAAAGACGGCCAAGAGGAAGCGGGGAUACAUCAAGAACAAGCUGUCCCUCAAGAAGGGCAAGAAACUGACCACAAGGUCUUUAUAGAAACCCCACCACCAACAGGCACGCUGUGGACGAGAGAGAGGAAAAAUCUUUAAACACAGAACUUUCAACAAAAACACGCCGCAACAGUAAAAUACAUCUAUCAAGAUGAAUAAGGAACAAAAAGAGGCUCCCCCCGACAUCUGCCAUCCCGAGCGUCCGUACCUGGAGGCGGGAAAUGUGACCAUCUAGGAGAAUGCCUUUAACCCCAGCUGACCUAUGACCUGAUGAGCAGGGUGAAGCAGGCGGAAAACAGGAGGUGUCGGCCAGUCUGAGAUCCUCCCCACUGGUUUUAACCUGAGGAACUGUGACCUUUUUUGAUUUGCUUUUUCUUUUUGUACUUGAAGAUGCUGUGAGUGACAGGUGGCAGAGAGAGCAAGAGAGAUUACAUGUCUUUAAUCCAGGGACUUAGAUUGGGACUGCUCUAUGCAUCAUUCAGACCGACACACACAAAAACACACUGUUUUACCAUGUUACAAAACCAGAGCUGACCUGAGACCUGCUCAAACUGAGACAAAGGGCGAUUGUAGGAUGAUUUAAAUGUUUUUUUGUCUUGAAUUCUCACACUUGAUAAAUAUGUUUGAUGGAGAAAGAGAAACAAAAAAAUGUACCUGCCCACACCCGGCUUCUCUAGUUUAAACCAGCUGUGAUUCAGUGAUUUGAAUCCGUGCUGUCAAUUGAUCAGAUCACAGUGAGCACAUAGCUGAUGAGUAGUCUCCUUUAAUGUAUUUAAUUUUCUUUUACACUCUCCUCAGAAUCCAUUACCAACAGAGAAAUGCAUGUACACAUAAUGUGCCAACAAAGAGAAGCCACCGUGCUUCCAACCUCAUACCGCUGCACUGACAGGAUGUAUUAUUUUAGAACCAGACUGCAGUAAAGGAUAAUUCCUGUUUGUUAAAACUGGUAUUUCAUUUUCAUAGUUUUUCUGUGUGUAAAAACACUGUGCUCUCCAUUGCUGAGGCCUGGGAACAUGGCGGCAGGAAGUGUGCGCAGUUAGUUAGACUGGCUGUAAACAAACUUAGUAAAACUUUGACACAGUUUACAGACACUUCCUGGCUCAGCUUUGACCCAUUGUGUGUACACACACACACACACACACACACACACACACACACACACACACAGAUCUCCUCUAAAAUAAGGGAUCAUUCCUAACAUUUCAGGUACACUCACUUUCAGUUUUGGCACCAAGUAAAGGAAAGGGGUCUUCCAGUAAAUAAAUCAGUGCAGCAGAGGCUGAAAUAUAUCCUGACUUUUAUUUUGUAGUAUGGGCCAAUCUCUUAAAAACUCCUACGACUGUAGAGCAUCUCUCAUUAGAUCCUCCUCCCCUCCUAAAUACUCACUUCUUUCAAACUCUAUGGCCUCCAUUUAAAAAUGUAAAGUCUCUCAAGCACAAACCAAAACGACCCUCAAUGUCAGGGUUAUUUUUCUCCAUAGAAGACAUUAUACAACGGUUUUCACAGGCGGAGUCGUCGUCAUUGUGCUUGAGUAAACUGAACUUGUGUUUCCCUUUUUUUAAAAAGUGGUUUAGGUGAUCUGGCCAAACUUUUCUGAUCACCUGAGUGCUCGACCACGACGACCUCUUACCAGUAGAAAUAACCAAAACUAUGAAAAUAACACCCAAAUUGUAAUAAACCAGAAUUAUCUUUUAAGAUGCGUAAAUGAUUCUGUAACUGUAACAUCAUCAUCAACAUCAUUGAACCACACUGGACUCCAAACAAUACAGAGAGCUCUGAUCAUCGAUGUUUCGCUGCAGCUCAGUGGCUACAACAUUGAUUUAUCUUUGUUUAAGAUGCUUCAGGGAAGCCGGACCGAGAACCAAGGUCUACGUUUUAUCAGUUAAUGGUGAUUAGUGAAUGAACAGGAUGCAGGUUCGUGACUUUCAGAGGGUUAAAACAACCAUCACACAUUAGUGUUUGUUUUUUUGUAAUUGGCUGAAUUUCUACUGUUUUAAUUUGUAGUUUCUAUCAUGCAUCCAGUGACAUAACAUUGUCAGCAGUUCCUUCUGUAAACCAACCUUCUCUAUAGCUGAAUCCACCUUAUUCUGUUUCUUGAAGAUGUUCUAAUAAACAUAUCCAUCCUGCA